AUGGGAUCUUCAACGCAUUUCCCCAUAUUCACAUCUGCUGAUGUCACGCUGAUAGCAUCCAUGCACAUAUUUACUCUUUUCCCUAUCCUUCCAGCCGAGCUACGCAUCAAUAUAUGGCAAUUUGCACUAGAACGGCAGCGCAUCAUCAAGCUACGCCUGCGGGACCGUUGGCUAAUGGACGGGCUCCUCGCCCAGCAAGAGGAGACCAGACCCCAGACGCACGAGGACGAGCGCUACGGCUUAGUUGUCGACGGCUACCAGACACUCAGCAAGUUAUUCCGUGUCAACCGAGAGUCACGAGAUGCAGCCUUGGGAUUCUACCGAGUGCACCUUCCCUGCUGGCUGAUCAAAGGCGCGACGACGAGGGAGGCCAUUGCGAUGAAGCCCGGCUUCCUUUACUUCAAUCCUGAGUACGACUUUCUCCACAUCAGCAACGACACGGGCCAAGUCAUCGAUUUCCUUCACGAUUUGAAGACCGUCCAUGACCCCCAACAUGUAGGGCUGCUGAAUCUUGCCAUCGACCAGAACAGUCUGACGGGCGGGGGCGGCCUCUGCGGUGUCGAUCCCUCUUCACUCGCUCCCCCGCUUAGAACGAGUUUGACCGGGACUCUCAGUCAACUCCAAGAAGUAUUCUUUGUACAGGACCAGCACACGGGCCGUCACGUAUUUGGUUAUUGGAGCGGCGCGCCCACUUCUGAAAAUCACAUGAACCUUUCAUUUCCCCUCACAGCCAUGGCGCUCAACUUUGAUCGUCUAGGUGCCGACCCCCGGCCUAUCAGUCAGGACUUGGGCAAAGUCUUCAUCAAUGCUGACCCCCGUGGUAUGGUCUACGCAUGGCGACGGCUUUUACACAAUCACUUUGGUGAUGGUGUCAUACCGCAAACUGAGCACCGGAUUCUUUUGACCUUCGGGUCUUCCUCCGGCGUGUAUGAUCACCGGGACGCAGAAGAAUGGCUGCAGAAAGAGCAAGACAUCUGGAUGAAGCAGACUUCUAAAGACGGCCAGUCCAGCCAACUUCUGGGUGACGGCUCAGAAGCGGCGGUGGAAAACGCCUUUGGGUUCUGGCUGUUUCCUGUACAGGCCUUUGGUGCGCUGCCUGAAAACCUGAACGAUGGAUUCAGGUUUGAGCCACCGCGCUACAUGGAUUUGAAAGAGCACUGGCCUGAGCUGGGAUUAUUGAGUUUGCCUUAG